AUGUCAUCUACUCCGUUCAAAGGCUCGCUCAAGGCUAAGCGCAAGGGAGAGCUCACCGAGAUUGCUCAGGCUCUCGGUAUCGGUCUCGACCAGUCGGAAAAGAAGGAAGAGCUUGAGGACCUCAUCCGUGAGCACCUAAUGAGCAACAAGAACCAGUACUCUUCCAAUGGGAACUUCAAGGGCCUCAUCGAGAGCCUUGACGGUCGCAAACGCUCUGCUCGUUCCAGCAGCGUCAAUGGAAACGCCGACUCGGACGCCUCUGACUCGCCCGAAGCGUCUGUUCGGUCGCCUCGUAAGCACUCGCAACGUGCUUGCAACCUUGUCACGCCUUCGACUCCUUUUGCCAACAUCCCUGAGAGCGUUUCCGACCUUGCUACUACCGCCAAGCAGCGCGGCUUCAAGGCUCGCAAGUCGCUCGACAAGCUCGUCGACACCAUCUCGGGCAACGCUCGCUCCACGGCCGACGAGCUGAGCAGUGAGGUUCAGGAUGCUCAGAGCGAGGUCGCUGCUAGCCUUCAGGCCGUUCAAGGUGAAGCCGCCAAGCGUUACCGCAAGGUCAAGCAGGAAGGCGACAAGGUCUUUUUCCGUGCUCGCAACUGGCUUAGCGACUCCAAGAAUCUUGUUCGCCUUCUUGUUGCUUUCGAGGGCAUAUUGCUUGUGCUCGCCACGCUCCCUACCACCUACCUCGAGCUUGAAAGCCGUGGCCCUCACAUCCCCGUGGUCAACCCCAAGUCUGGCAUCAACGGAUACCUCCCUCACUGGGCCAUCACUCUUCCGGACCCGCGUGGCCUCAUCAGCCUAGCCUUCUACCGACCCCUGGUGCUCUGGGCCGUCUACAGCGUUCUUGUGCCCCUUGCUGUAGCCCACCUGGUCACAUUUGAUCGUCGCUCGCAGCCUUCGGCCUACUCGUUCCUCUUGGCACGUCUCUCGGCCCUCUUCUUCCUGGCCCGCGUGCUUCCGAACAGCACCCUCACCGCGCUUGGCCUUCCUUCACCCGCUAUGCUCGGCGUUGCUGCUGGUGAGGUCCCCGAGUUGGCACUCAUUCGAGGAUUGCGCUCGCUCUUUUCGUACGACUACGUCCUCGCUCACCUUGGCGUUGACCUCCAGAUCUGGGCCACCGCUACCGUCUUUGGUUUCGCUCGCUACGAAGCCAUCGCUGUCCGACCCCGUGCAUCUUAG